AGGCUUACAUAUUCUCUUGUUCCUUAUGAUAUAGAUGCCUUACUAGAGGAACUAGAACGCUCCACCCUCCAGGACAGUGGUGAAUAUUCCAACCCAGCUCCUCUUUUCCUGGAUCAGCAUUCCGGAAAGGAGAGUAACCUUGCUGAGACUUCAAAGAUCCUGUCCGUUCAGGAUAAUGUAAGUCCCUUGCCAGUGCAGCUCGUGUAUACUACCAAUAUCCAGGAGCCCAAUGUCUACAGUGAGAUCCAAGAGCGAAAGGAAUCCCCACCACCUCCUAAAACCUCAGCAGCCACUCAACUGGAUGAGCUCAUGGCUCAUCUGAGUGAAAUGCAGGCCAAGGUUGCAGUGAAAGCAGAUGCUGGCAAGAAACACUUACCAGACAAGCAGGAUCACAAGGCAUCCCUGGACUCAAUGCUUGGGGGUUUGGAACAGGAACUGCAGGACCUUGGGAUUGCCACAGUACCCAAGGGCCACUGUGCUUCCUGCCAGAAGCCAAUUGCUGGGAAGGUUAUCCAUGCUCUGGGACAAUCGUGGCAUCCAGAGCACUUUGUCUGUACUCACUGCAAAGAGGAGAUUGGCUCCAGCCCCUUCUUUGAGCGGAGUGGCUUGGCCUACUGCCCCAAGGACUACCACCACCUGUUUUCUCCACGUUGUGCCUACUGUGCUGCUCCCAUCCAGGAUAAAGUGCUGACGGCAAUGAACCAGACCUGGCACCCAGAGCACUUCUUCUGCUCUCACUGUGGAGAGGUGUUUGGUACAGAAGGCUUUCAUGAGAAGGACAAGAAGCCAUAUUGCCGAAAGGAUUUCUUAGACAUGUUCUCACCCAAGUGUGGUGGCUGCAACCGCCCAGUGUUGGAAAACUACCUUUCAGCCAUGGACACUGUCUGGCACCCAGAGUGCUUUGUGUGUGGGGACUGCUUCAGCAGUUUUUCUUCUGGCUCCUUCUUUGAAUUGAAUGGACGUCCAUACUGUGAGCUCCAUUACCAUCACCGCCGGGGAACCCUCUGCCAUGGAUGUGGGCAGCCCAUCACUGGCCGCUGCAUCAGUGCCAUGGGGCACAAGUUCCAUCCUGAGCACUUUGUGUGUGCUUUUUGCCUGACACAGUUGUCCAAGGGUAUCUUCAGGGAGCAGAAUGAUAAGACCUAUUGUCAAUCCUGUUUCAAUAAACUCUUCCCGCUGUAAUCUUAACUGAUCCACAGCCUCUUCAGAUCCCCUGUAAAAUUUGAACCAAGAAAGGAAAGAGCAAAUUUGCUGUGACUGACCUUCUGCUUAGUAGGAAUAUAGAGAAAGUAAGGGUGAUGAGCAAAUAAGGAAACUUGUAGACAUUAUACAACUAGGUUUGCAAUCUUAUUUUUUUUUAAGGUUUCUAGUAUUAUUAUUAUUUUUUUUAAAUCAGGUACUUGGAUUUAGAUUUUGGUUCUGCUAUCUAGUCCCUCUGCAGAUGUAUUUUCUACAUGCACAAUUUAUUUCACCACUGGUUUUCUCAGGUUUCUCCAUUUUCAUCUCUGCUGAUGGCCCUGCUCACAUCUUUUCUCCUUUGCUCUGUUUCUUUUCAAGCUCCCCCCAUAUCCCUGUGUUUACUCACUGUGUGAACUUUAUAUUUUCUGUCAGGAAUCACGAUAUCACUCUUAAACUCUUUGCAUCUCCCUCCAGUGUGUUUCUCUUUUUCAAGAGGAAGUAGAUUUUUACUGGAAAGUUUUGAGUAUGACAUCAUGACAUCAUUGGUAAAUAAA